AUCGGGCUGGACUCCGGGCAGAGGCACAUCGGGCUGGACUCCGGGCAGAGGCACAUCGGGCUGGACACCGGGCAGAGGCACAUCGGGCUGGACUCCGGGCAGAGGCACAUCGGGCUGGACACCGGGCAGAGGCACAUCGGGCUGGACUCCGGGCAGAGGCACAUCGGGCUGGACUCCGGGCAGAGGCACCAUCGGGCGGACACCGGGGCGGGCACGGGGCGGACACCGGGGCGGGGCAGCAGGCCCCCAGGCGAGGAGGGGCGGGCGGGGCGCCGGGCCCCCAGGGGCGGCGGGGGGCCGGGCCCCCAGGCGGAGCGGCGGGGGCGCCGGGCCCCCAGGCAGAGCGGCGGGUGCCGGGCCCCCAGGCGGAGCGGCGGGCAUCGGGGCAUCAGGUCAUUUGGCUCGCCAGCGGGCACCGCAUCAUCUGGCAAGGCAGCAGGCACAGAGUCUCCAGGCACGACAGUGGCGGGCAUCGGG